AUGGCGCAUGAGGACUCUGGCCCAGAGGAAGCCAUGACGAUGGAGGAGAUUCGCGGAGAGGAGCCACCGCCAAAGUCCAAGAUGCGCAAUGCCUUCUCAGAGCUCAUGAACCCCAAGCCCAAGGCUGCCGCUCCUCCGCCGCCGCCCAAAAUGUCCCGCGGAGGGAAUCCGUUCAGGGACCGGAUGGGCCUGGGCGCCUAUCUCGAAGACCCGGCGUCGUACCCGUCAUCCCGCGUCAUCUCGCACAGCGACGACUUCGUCGUCAUCAACGACCGCUAUCCCAAGUCGGUCGUCCACACGCUGCUGCUGCCGCGGUCGACCAGCCACAACCUGAUGCAUCCGUUUGACGCCUUCGACGACGCGGAAUUCCUCGCCAGCGUCAAGCUCGAAACCGCCAAGCUCAAGGCGCUCGUGGCCAAGGAGCUGCAGCGCCUCAUCGGCCACGCCAGCCAGAGCGACGCCGCGCGACAAGCCGUCCUCAAUGGAGACGCCGAGCCUCCGGCCUCCGGCCAGCUCCCGUCGGGCCGCGACUGGGACGCCGAGAUCAUCUGCGGUGUGCAUGCGGUGCCCAGCAUGAGGCAUCUUCACGUCCAUGUCCUGUCGCGCGACAUGCACUCAGAAACACUACGCCAUCGCAAACACUACAACUCCUUCACCACGCCCUUCCUGGUCAACGUCGAGGACUUCCCUCUGGCCCCCGACGAUCCGCGACGGCACACCAAGGAGGCUGGGUACAUGCGCUGGGAUAUGAAGUGCUGGCGCUGCGGUCGCAACUUCGGGAACCAGUUCCAGAAGCUCAAGACCCAUCUCGACGACGAGUACGAGCAGUGGAGGAGGCAGUGA